UUGGUAUACUGUACGGUUAAUCAUUCUAUAGAGAGAUGUGUAUAGACGCCAGUUGAGCUGAAGCUCCGGCAGCGAGUUCAUCUCACCGGUUACUUACUAUACGACAUAAUAUUUCUUAUUGCACCAUCGACUAUUGAACAUGUUCGGCACAAAGAUGCAAAGAAAAACGCUGGAUUUGCGAUACAAUGAGAUGUGGAACGAUUGGGAUGGUACGACUGAACAUCAAAUUCCAAAGAAGUAUGUUCAUGGACAUUUGGUGUUGUCUUGGAAAAAAAUUAAUGUACACGUGAAACAAAUCAACAAAGCAUUUUUCCGAAGAUCGAAAAUCUCGUACAAGCAAAUAUUACACAACGUUAGUGGGAACGUAGAAUGUGGAAACCUUCUUGGAAUAAUGGGUCCAAGUGGUUCAGGAAAAACUACAUUAAUGUCCACUAUAAGCCACCGAACUAAAGGAAAUUUUGAAGGAGAAUUAUUACUAAAUGGACGACCAAUAUCUGAAGAAGUCAUGAUUAAGAUAUCAGGUUUUGUUCCUCAACACGAUAUCAGUUUUGAUCAGUUGACAGCAUUGGAACACUUGUCUCUGAUGGCCAAUUUGAAAGUUUCUUGCAAUACAAGUAAAAUAGCUUUAAAAGAACACAUUGAUGAAAUAAUUUCGACGUUGGGCAUGAAUAAGUUCUUGAACACAAGAAUAUCGUUUUUAUCUGGAGGAGAACGGAAAAAAAUUGCACUCGCAGUUCAGUUAUUAAAUAAUCCACCUAUACUGUUUUGUGACGAAAUAACGACGGGUCUAGACAGUUACUCUGCUGCGCAUAUUGUUAACACUUUAAAAAGUGUCGCACGAAUGGGAAAAAUUGUGAUAUGCACCAUUCAUCAACCAGCGUCUGGUGUAUUUGGAAAAUUUGACGAAGUAAUAUUGUUAUCAAAUGGACUAUUAGCAUAUCAAGGUCCAGUCACCAUGGUCCAUCAGUUAUUCCAAAAGUUCAAUUAUGAAUGUCCGGAUAUGUUCAAUGAAGCUGACUUUGUGAUUUCUAUUCUUAAUUCUGAAAAUGAAAAAGUGAAAAGAAAUGUAAAAGAAAUGUGCAAGUUAACAUCAACAGAUCAACAAAUAAAUUUAAACUAUGAUUUAUUUAACACUCAAACUAAAUUUGAUCCUCAACAUUUAGAAACAUUAGAAACGCAAAAUCCAACGUGGUUAACACAGUUCAAAUUGAUUUUUAAUAGAUCUGUCAAAUGUUUUGCAAGAAGUUAUGGAAAUAAUCUACUGCAACUGGGAACUAUUUGGUUUUUGGGUGUCAUUAUUUCUGCUCCGUUUGCGAAUUUGCAGUUAGAUACUCAAGCAGUACAAAAUUGGGAAGGUUUUUGGUUGAUAUUUGUCAUUAAUUUCAUAUUCCACUUCUUUUAUUCUGCUAUUCCAUCAUAUCAAAUUAAAUUUGCAAUUGUCCACCGAGAAGUUCACAAUAAAAUAUAUCAAUUGAGUGCAUAUUAUACGUCUGAAUUGAUUAUAAUGGUUUUAUGGAUAUUGGUAAAAGUGCUAUUUUACUGUGUUUCUGCGUUCUUUAUUGUUGGUGCUAAUCUAAGUAUCUUGCGAUUAUUGGUGUUUUAUAUAUUAGCGUUGGCAGCCUUUUCAUUUGGAAGUUUGGUGUCAGCAUAUUUUAAUCAAAUAGAAAACACUUUAAUAUUUGCAACAAUAUGUGAUUUCAUAACAUUGUCUUUCAGUGGUGCAUAUCUAUCAUUUAUGUCUUUACCAAAAGUGAUAUAUUCUCUAAGAUACUUUUCGCUAUUCUUUCUUGGUUGUGAAUCAGUAUCAGUUUUAUUUUGGGACACCGUCAAAACUUUACCGUGUAUUGAUGUUACUAACUGUUUGAAUAGCGGGAAAGCAGUAUUAAGAAAAUAUGGUUAUAAAAGUAGUGAAUUAUAUUCAAACAUAAUGAUAUUAGUUAUAUAUAUUAUAUUAACAAAUAUAUUUGGUUACUUCAGUGUUCUUAAAAGGUUGAAAAAACAACCAGCCUAUUAAAUAUAACAAAUAUAU